AUGAAACAUUUUUUUUCUUUAAAUCAACGUUUCAACAAAUUAAUUCUAUAUGAUGCAAAAAUUCAUGUUGAUUUUGGUGCAAUUCCAAAUGGAAAAUUUUUAACAUUUUGUUUUAAUUUAAAUCAGUUAACAAAUACAAGUAAAAACUAUCCAUUAUCAAUUCGAGCUGAUAAUGAAUAUCAAUUUAAUAUAUUUUUCGAAGAUGAUUUAUUUAAAGAUAAAUUUUCUAAACUAAAAUCAUUAAUAAUAAAUGAUAUAAAACUUGCAACAUUAAAACGAUUAAGUUUAAUGGAAGAUAUCAGUGGAGAAGACUAUGAAAUUCAAGGUAAGAAACUAUCUCAAUAA